AUCUGCCUUCCUUGCUGUUGUCCAGGAGAGAGAGGACACUGACCCAUAUCAGUUCCCGGCAGCCCUAGGCCCAGUGCCAGAACCUCAGCAAGAGCCAGCCUUUCCCUCCCCGCAGGGCAGCUGCAGAAGUCCCUCCCUCUCCAGGACUCUCUAUAUACUCUCUCCAUCUUCUCGACUUAGACUUUCUGCACAGUCAUCUCCCUCCUGAGCCAGAGGCAUCAACCCCGGAUUCCUUCUUCACUCCUCCUCCUUCGAGAUGGGCAACCUCCAGGAAAGGCCCUCAGAACUGAUCCAACGGGAGCGAAGACGCCUGGUGGAUACCUUGAAACAAGACUCAGUCAUCCUAUUGGAUGGGCUUUUUUCCCGAGGCAUCAUCACAGCGAGUGAAUAUGAGUCCUUGGAUGCCAUGGAUGACCCUGAGCGCAUAGUACGCAAGGUACUGCUGAUAGUUCAGCAGAAAGGUGAAUUUGCUUGUCAGGAGCUGCUGAAGUGCGCCUCUGAGAUCCACCCGAAAGACUCCAGAGACCCUUAUUGGAACUGGAAGCUUCCACAAGAGGGAUAUGGCUAUCAUCGCCGGAGAAGUCAUGAAUCUUGCUGGGAUAAUGACCGAACCACUGAGAUUUCAGCUGGGGGCACAUGUAUUGGGGUUCCUAAUCCUGGAGAGGAGGAUAAGUCUGACAAGAUAGAGGGACAGGAAGUCUUAGAGGUAACAGAACAGGAUGUUCCUGAGGACCAAGAGUCUCCGAAGGACCCAGAGCCAGAGUCUGAAGCUCCAGAACAAGUUGAGCUUGUGGAGGAGGAUCCGGAGGAGCCAGAGCUUGAUGACUUUCCAGGAUGGAAUAUGGAGCCGGAGCCGGAACUGGAGCCAGAGCCAGAGUAUGGAGAAGUGGUGGAAGAUGAUGAUUAUGAUUUAUGAUGGAGCCAACUAAAAUGACCACUAUCCCAUCCUACCUGCCAGACCAGACGAAGGAGGGAGGUCUUCUUUGGACUAGGAGAAUGAUCAGGUUGGGGAACCUAGCCCCAAGAGUUCCUGAACAGCUAAGGCUUGGGGUCUGGGUUGUUCCUAUUUCGGUUUGAAUAAACUUUUUUUUUUGGAUGAU